UUGCAGGAUAACGAGUAUCACAGUACACCUGCAGAAGGUGGUACCGGAGAGCAAAGCAAUGGUCAAGAGGAUAAAGAAGCUUAUCCUAGUGAAUUGGUUGCUUAUCUAAAGAACAUCGAACAAAUAAAAAUUACUGAAGGGCGCAUAGAGAAUGUCGUUAUGGAUAAGUGCGCUGAAGAAUGCUCCGCAGAAGAGGAAAAGCUUUUGAUGUUCAGAGACUCAUGCAUUGUUGUAGAAAGUGUAUUCGGUUGGUUUGUUAUAUUUUCUAUAGGCUCUUCACAGCAUGGGGCGACAUUGUUCCUAUCAGGGCUAGCGCGACUCAAGCAUAAACGACUCUUAGAUCUCCUUUACUCUGGUCAAUCUGCUAGAACUAUUGAAACUUUGCUUUAUGCGCUACGGCCUAUAAGCAACAAUCAACAAGUUCAAGUAAGCUCAUUAUUGCGAUUACGUCCUAACACAUUCUACAACGAACGUGAAUUAACGUUAUUGUGA